AAUUCCUUUGGUAGAGUUCAAGGUAGACCCCAGAUGCAGACAUUUUACCAUAUGAGCACCUGACUCUCCAGUGGUUGAUAGUGAUUGAGGAACGCAGAUCAUACGAAGAGGAGAGCCCUCAAACCACACAACAUGGGAGAUCUUGGCUUCCUCUCCAAGUUGCUGGAGAAAGUCCAGCAGCACUCCACCAUCAUCGGCAAGGUGUGGAUGACCGUCCUGUUCGUCUUCCGGAUCAUGGUGCUGGGCGCUGCGGCGGAGAAGGUGUGGGGCGACGAACAGUCCAAGAUGAUAUGCAACACCAAACAGCCCGGUUGCAAGAACGUGUGCUACGACAAGGCCUUCCCCAUCUCCCACAUUCGCCUGUGGGUCAUGCAGAUCAUCUUCGUGUCCGCCCCAACCCUGGUCUACCUGGGCCACGUCAUCCACAUCACCCACAAGGAGAACAAGCUCAGGGAGAAGAUCAAGAGCAGGGCGGAGAAGAGCGGCCAGAAGGUGCCCAAGUACACCGAGGAAGGGGGCAAAGUUCACAUCAGGGGAAGCCUCUUGGGGAGCUACAUGACCAGCCUGGUGUUCAAGAUGAUCCUGGAGGCGGCGUUCAUCGUGGGCCAGUACUACCUCUACGGGUUUGUGUUCACGCCGCAGAUCGUGUGCGAGGGGGAUCCCUGCCCCUUCAAGGUGGAGUGCUUCAUGUCUCGGCCGACGGAGAAGACCAUCUUCAUCAUCUUCAUGCUGGCGGUGUCCUGCGUGUCCCUGCUGUUGACUGUGGUGGAGAUCUUCUACCUGAUGUUCAGGAGAAGCGGCCGUCCAAUGCAGCCGGUCAGCUACAGUGCAGCGACGUAUUGACACCACACUGCACUUCAGAAGGUCCAGAGUAUACGUGCCCAGUGACUCUUGGCGUGUACAUGUAAGGUGCAUUAGGGAAAACAAAGACACAGGAUUGACUUAUAUUUAUUAACCAAAUGGAGUCUGUGAACGGGGUGACUGUAAAGAACUGUAUAAAAUGAAAAACUAAUAUAUAAUGAAGAUGUAACAUGAAACGGACACACACACACACACAUUGGAGAAAACAACACUUGUGAUUGGAGUCAAAAAUGGGCAAUUAAGUAUUAAUACAAAGAUUAUGACUACAUACGGGUUUAAAAAUAUAUAAUAACGCUUUUGGGAAUAAAGAUGCAACAUUCACAUGAAUCUAUGUGUGACUGAGAAAAAAUGUGCAUAUCAUUUAACUUUUUUUUGGACAAUCUUCAUGUUAGAAACUGGUCAUGUAAAUAUGUGCUGUGGUUUUAUUUUUUAUAUUGUUAGUGUGUUGUACUAUUUUUGACUUUUUUAAAAUAAAGGUUUAACAUUCUUUUCGAUAUA